UUAAUUGUUGUAAAUUUUAUUUUUAAUAUUAAUUUUAUUUUUAUGUAAAUAAAAACCUAAUUAAGUAUGAAAAAUUAAAAUUUUUUUAAAUAUAGUGUGUACAAAAUUUUCUAAACUUCAAAUUAGAGAAAAAAUGGCGAAACAAAAGACAAAAAAAAUAUAGUGCAUAAUUAUUUUCAAUCACCUCUUAUAGAAGAAAGAAAUUAAAUGAAAUUUGAAGAACAUAAAAAAGGAAAAAAAAAUCUAACAGAUAAUCUUGUUAAUUAGAGGAUAUUUUUAAAGAAUUUAAUAAUAAAACAAUGAUUGAUCCAUACAUACAGCAAGUCCUUCGUGUAAUUGUGGCUCAAAUAUGCCAAACAAUAGGAUGGCAUUCAAUUCAGACAACGCCACUUGAACUUUUAGUUGAUAUUUUACACAAAUAUUUACAUGAAAUAACUAGAAAUGUUAUAAGGUAUACAGAAUUAUAUAAUCGUAUUGAACCAAACUUAGAUGAUGUUGGAUUAGCUUUCCGUGAACUAAAUAUAAAUCUUAAUGAAAUAGAAGAAUACGUUAACUAUGUACAACCUGUACCAUGUAAUAUUGAUAUACCAAAAUUUCCGGUUCAUAAGGAUUCUAAUUUAAAUUUUUUAAAACCCGGAAGUAAAGAAGUUAUAACACGACCAAUGUAUAUACCUGAACAUUUGCCACCAAUUUAUCCAGAAAGAGAAGAAGAAACACUGGAAAAACAAUUAGAAAUAUGCGAUACAACAACUGACAAUAUCAUAGAAAUCAAUUCAAAUAAAAUUGAAAACAAAAAUGAUGAGUUAAAUAAAAGUGAUAAUGAAAACAAUUUUAAACAUAGUGAAAAUGACCAACAUAUGAAUACUAGCAAUAAUAAUAUUAAACUUGAUAUCGAAAAUGUAACUGGUGAAAAUAUUGAUAAUGAUAAAGAAUCUACAAAUACAAAAGAAAGUUUAAUAAACACAGCAUCUAUUAAUGAAAAUACAUUGGCAAUUGAAGCAAGUGCUGCAACAACAAAAACUGAAAAUGAUUUUGGUUCUAAAAGUGCUCCAAAUAAUUUGGUGAAAUCUCCUGUUUCUUCUAGCCUUGUAACUACAACUUCAACUUGUGUAAUUUCUACGGUUGAUUCUGCUAUUUUAAACACAGAAACUUCUAAAAUAAUGACACCAUCUCAAAACACGCUGUCUGCUGCUCAAAAUGUUAGCAGUAUAACAACAUCAAAUGUCGGCACAAUAAAUGGACAAAAUUUAAGUAAAUUUAUUAGACCAAGGUUACCACAUGAAACAGAGGGGAGACCUACAAGAGAAAUAAGCAGUGUAAUGAUGACGUCCUCAGGUUUUAUUUCACCAGCACGCGAAGGAAAACUACCAGAUUCCAAAAUACCAAUGAUUACAGAGCCACGUGUUGUACGAUCACCAUCACCUCCAUUAUUGUCCACCAUUGGAGGGACAAAUUCUAAGGUAAUAAAUACAAGUAAACAAAUACCACAAGUUUCAUCUACAACAUCAACGAGUUUAUUAAUUAAAUCUGGUCAUCAAAAUUUAUUAAAACUAGAAAAAAACAAUAUACAAUCGCCAAAUGUUUCCACACCAAAUUUGAAUACUAGUACAAAUAAUAAUAAAUCCAUUGAAAAAUCGCAAUACUCAAACUGUGAUUCCAAAUAUUUAAAGAAAUUAAAACGAAAAAAUUUGUUAGCACUGGAAAAGGAACAUAGAAAGCUCGAAAAAAUUAACAAUAGUAUUCCUGUGUCAAAGCAAUUAUUUUUACAAAAACAGCAACAAAAAAUAUUUAAACAACAACAGAAACAACUGCUGAAACUUCAAAAGCAAAAAAAGCAACAACAAAAUCAUCCAAAUCCUGGAGAUACUACCAUUGAAUCAUUUACUGCGCAAUCUGGAUCAAAAACAACUGAUACUAUUAUAUCUGACUCCGAUUUAAUAAUGCCCUCUUCUGUUGUUUUACCUGAUGGAAGGAAUUUGAAGUUAUCAAAGAAACAUAAAGGGACAUUGAGAAAACAACGGGAACUAUUAUUAAGUAUAAUACAGAGUAGGAAAAAUUCCAAAGAAGAAACAUCAAUUCUCAAUUCCAAUAUAAAAAAUGGUGUUAGUUCUGUUAGUAAUACAUCAUUUAAUAACAAUUCAAGUAACGAUGUUAUGCUUGAUAAACAAACUUUAACUGGUAUGCUGAACCAAACCAAACAAAAACAACAAAAUGCGAUUGAUCCACUAAUAAAGUCAACAAGCAUUAUAGCACAACAGCAAGCUUUAGUUGCUCAAUUGGCCGUUGCUGGAAGUAACAUAAAUGAGUUACAAUCAAAUAUAUUUAAUCAAACAGGUUCAAUCUUACCUUCAACAUUUUCUAGAUCGACUUCUUCGUUGAAAACCUCAACAAAUUCAAACAUCUCGGCGGUUAACUUACCAAACAAACAAAAUAUUGAUGAUAUAAAAAUAAUAAAUGAAUCUGAUAAAACUAAAAUUAAUUCUUAUAAAAAGCUUCCCUCUAUAAAAAAUGAAAUAAAUGAAUCAACGACAAUACCGUUAGAUCAGUUUAUUCAUUUACCUUCUGGAACAACGAUAACUCCUGCGCCAGAUAGUAUUUCACCACCAAAUCUGGCCUCAAUGAACGUGCAAAAUGUUUCAAAAUCUGGUACUAUAAUAACUCAGAUUGGUAGACCACUGAAAUUACCUACUGAUACAGAUCAAAUUAUUUGUAUUGAUGAUGAUGACAAUAACAUAAACAGUAGUAAUAAUAAAGCCACCAAUGAUGGUAACAAUAAUAGUCAUAACAAAAAUGUAUCUGUAAAAUCUGAUAAUAUUUCCCCAAGAUUGCAAUUUCAACAGCAAAACAAUGAAAACAAUGUUAGUUCUAAACAAAUUGUUGGUAUGAAUCCCCCUAUGUUAAUGGUUUCAUCUUCAUCUAAUAAUCAAGGGCUAACUAAAAUAGAAAAGAAAUUAAAAAGAAAACGACAACAAAAUGAGCCAUUAAAUCUCUCUAGUGAUAAAAUUGCUCACUGCGGACUAUUGAAUUCGGCAAAUAUUGGAUCGUCUAAUACAAAUUCUAGCAAUAAAAAUGAUUUGCAAGAAUUUUAUUUAGAACAACAGAUGCGUAUUCAACAACAAUAUGCAAUUGCUACAAAACUAAUGAAAAAGGAGCGAAAAAAGCCGAAAUUAAAAGAGAAAAGGAACAUCCAAUCAAAUCUAAAUCAACAACAAUCUUCUGCUGCUGCAGCAGUUUUGGCUGCUGCUCAUCAACAAUACAUUCAAAACUUAGCUGUCGUUGCAGCGGCAGCAUCGUCAUCAGUUGGUGCUGCAUCAUCUGGAAUUGCAACACCAUCAAAUUCAUCGUCAUCAAGAGAUAUAUCACAACCUAUUGUACGUUCAGCAGAAAAUUUGGCAGCUAUUAAUAAAAAAUUAAUGAAGAUUGAUACGGUAAUGCAACCAGCUCCAUCGGUGUUACAAUCAAAUACAAAUAAUAAUUUAAUAUUGCAAUCCCAAUCAACAAAUAAUUCUCCAAAUUUACAAAAAUUGCCACAGAAAACAACUCAACAACCUCAAAUGUCAGCUGCUGCAAACACAUUAGCCUCUUUAACCUUUCCAUAUCCACCAUUUCCGUACACAUUUCCCUCUCGUCCUGGCUUAAUUCCCAGUCCAGGUAUUUUUCCACCGUUAGCAACUGCAAAUUUAGUCGAUAAACUUUUACCCAUUAUGCCAUUUUCAAAAUUCAAUUCAUUGAAAUCGACUAAUUCCACAUUAGAUGAAAUCAAUAAACUUAAUUCCAAUAAUAGUUCCAAUACGUCUUCAAGCAAAAAUAUUGCUACACAACAAUUGAAUAAUUUAGAUUUGGAAAAAAAUUAUUGUACUGUUGCACCAUUGGUACCAGAAUCUAUGAUACAAAAUUUUAAAUUAUCAACAACAAAGGGUAAUAAACCAAAUAAAUUAAAAACAGUAUCAUCUAUUUCAAACUUAGAUUCAAUAACUCUACAAAAAUUUACAGAUAUACGUCAUUCAAAUUAUCAAGUUGGAAAAAAUUUUUCUAACAAAGUAGCAUCUACAUUACAAAACAGUAAUAGCAAUAACCCUAUGAUAAACUUUAAUGAAUUAGGUAACAACAUCAAUGAUACACCUAUUGAAAUAAGUGAUGAUGAAAAAAUUCGUUCGGAUUCUGAAGAAAAAUUGUCGCAGUCAUUUAACAAAGACUCACAUGCAGGUAUCAAUCAAAAUUCACAAUUAGUGACAACAUCUAUACUAAAAGAAGAAUCUUUAUUAUGUCUAUCUGAAAAUCGUAACGAAACAGCAACAAUAGCUAAUAAUGAUUCAUUAUUAUCAAAAAAUAUAAAUAACGAUUUACGGGUCAGAUGUCAAUCAGAUCGUACAAUAUUUUCUAAUACAAUCACAUCCACAAUAGCUACAUCAGUAUAUAAUAAUAAUGAAUCAAAUAAUAUCAAUAAUAACAAUAGUAAUAAUAACAGUAACACAGAUAUUCAUAAAAAUAAUAAUAAUCAAAAUAAAAUAGAAAAUGUCAAUAAUGACCAUAAUAAUGAAAAUAAUUUAUUUAAUGCGGUUAAUCAAAUAAUUGGUGUCAAUAAUCCUGAUACGUUAUCAGUUCAAAAGCAUGAAAAAAGAAAAGAGCACCAUAAAAAGAGUAAAAAAACUAAAGAUGGAAAAAUUAAAAAGAAAAAAGAAAAAAAAGAUAAAUCUAAAAACAAAGAAAAAUCUGAUAAAAAGAAGGACAAGGAAGAUCGUAUUAGGUAUAAAGAGAAAUUGAAAAAACAGAAAAAGGAGAAAAAGAAGGAGAAGUUAAGACAAUUGUCUGUUGGAUCAACGACUUCCAUAACAAGCGGUGGAUCAUCAGUCAAUGUUCAUGAUAACAGUGCAAGUUUUGAUUCAAACGCGCAGAUGAAAUCAAAAUACAGUGGUAUUGAAGAUACUAUGAAAACAAUUAUUUCAUCAGCAGUUGGAACAUUAGCGAACACUGCAACAUCUGGUAUAAUUUCUAAUAACAAUAACAAUCAUAUUAAUAAAAUUAAUCUCAAUAAUGAUGGUAUAAAUAAAAACAAUAAUAAUAAUAUCAACAUCAAAAAUAACAAUAAUAAUAAUGAAAAUACAAGUAAUAGCGAAAAUUUUAAUAGUAAAAAGCUUAAUUUUAAUAAAAAUAUCAGCUAUGAUAAUAAUAACAUUUAUAACGAUAAUAAAAGUAACAAUAAGAUUUUUAAUUCUAAUAGUAAUGAUUAUGUCAAUAAUAAUAUUAUAAAUAGUAAUAAUAGUAAAAGUAAUGCAAAUGAUAAUAUAAAAGAUAAUAAAACUAAUAGUAACAACAUGAAUGCUAGCAAUAAAAGCAGUUCAUUAAAAAAUAUUGAUACUGAAAAUUUAAACAAUAGUAAUAAUUCUAUACCAAAAUUAACUCUAAUAUUAGGUAACAAAAAAUCACCAGCACCAACUGAUUCAAAUGAUAACAACACUAAAAAAAGUUCCGUAAAGUUCAAUGAAAAUAUUGAAAAACAUUAUAAAAAUGAGUUAAUUAACAACAGCAGUAACAAAAUAACUAGUAACGAUAAUAAGAGCAACAGUGCUACUGUUGAAAAUAGUAGUAUCUCAAAUGCUCAAGUUGGUGAAGCAUCUGAGGGGACAACAGCAUCGUCGUCAAUAACAUUAGCAACGUCAAUCUCAAUUGAUCAAAAUAUAUAUAAAAGAGAAUUAUCACCAGAGUUAGCUAGAAUAUCACCAUUAGUAACAAGACCACCAAAACAAAAAUCAAAAGAAAAAGAUAAAGUUUGUGAUAUUGAUAUAACUUCAUCAUCAUCAACACCAUCCGCAAUAGCGUCUUCAUUGACUUCAACAGCUACAUCACCAGUAAAUUCAACAUUAAUCAAUUCGUCAAUAACUGCAGCAGGUGCUGCCAUCAUUAAUAGUAAUCAACAAAAAAAUAUAACAUCUUUUAUUGGCAAUCCAAAUAGUAUAAACAUACCAUCAAUACAAGCAUCAACACAGCAGCAACAGCAUCAAACGUCAAUUGUAUCAUCAUCAUCUUUGCAAGGUUCAACAUCAGUUGCAAUACCAUCAUCAUCUUCAAUAUUAUCACAAGUUCAACAUACAGCACAAGUAAUGGCAACUCCAAGAGGUCCUGGUCGUCCAAAGGGCAGCGGUAACAAACAAAAUAAUUCAAGUGGAACUGGUAGUAAUAGUCAUCAUCAUCACCACCACCAUCAUCAACAAAAUCAACAACAGCAGCAACUACAACAACACGGACACAAAACGCAAAAUAAUAAUAAUAAUCAAAUGACAGAAAUAACAACAACUAGUUCAUCGACAACCUUAUCAACUUCAAAUAGUCAUAAUCAGCAUAGUAAUCAACAGCAAGUUUUAUCAUUUGGUUCAGCUUUAGCAUCGUCUAUAACACCAUCGUCGUCCGCCGUAGUAGGAUUGGGUGGGUCCGGUUCAGCAACAUCAUCAAUAGUUGGAAGUAAUAAUGGUGGUUAUAUAUCAACAACAACCUUAAGCUCGCUAACAACACAAUCAAUAAGUGGAGGAAAUCCUUCAAGACUUCCCAGUAUCAAUUCUACCGACGCUGAUGGUAAUCAAGUUUGGAUUUGUCCAGCGUGUGGAAGAGUCGAUGAUGGUACUCCUAUGAUUGGUUGUGAUGGAUGUGAUGCAUGGUAUCAUUGGGUAUGUGUUGGAAUUCAAGUACCACCUGAUGACAAUGAAGACUGGUAUUGUCGCGUUUGUAUCGCUAAAAAGCAAGCAACACAUGAAUCCGACAAAAAGAAAAAACGUAAAAAGAAAAGUAAACAAACAAACUAGCAUAAAAAGAAUAAAAAACAUCACCAAUAUGAGUUUUUACGACCUCAUUAUCACCAUCAUCGUCAUCAUCAUCAUCAUCACCAUAGAAAGCAUCAAAUGCAGUUUCAGCAACAACAAAAGAAUCAGCGGAAACAGUAUCAAUUGCAACAAUUAAAAUAAAAUUUUUUGUAAAAAUCUGCAAAUACAUAAUUAUUUUCAAAGUAGGAAUAUUCUUGUUAAUAAAAUUUGUAACAAAAAUUUGAUUAAAUGUUCUUGGAGCGAAUUAUUGAAUAAGUUUUUUUUCUUUUUAUUUAAAUUAAAUGUACUUUGCAAAAUAUGCAAAAAAAUUAAAUUUGAAACAAUAAAUAUUAAAGAGAAAUAUUUUAAUUUUACAAAACUGAAUAAUAAAAACAAAAUAUGGUAAAAACAGA